AAGGUGUGUGCUUUUUCUAAAACAAAAGGCAAGCUAAAAAAGAAAUGGGAAGAUUUUGCACUCUAAAAAAAAUAAACUGGCUUGGAUGAAAAAACAUGAUAGGGAUAAUUUGUGUUGUUAAUCGUGGGAGGAAAGGGAUAGGGCAAAUUGUGCAAUUGUGUGAAGUUGUAAAUUGUCAAGCAAUACGGAAAUUCAAAUGAUUAUAGCAAAGGGGCGUGUCUUGUUAGUUUUACUGUAGGGUUUGACAAAACUGCAGACUGCUGUUUGUUCACCUUUCUACAUGACCGAAGCCAUUUGAAGGAGGAAUCUUUCCACUUUAUUUGUUAAAAGUACACCAACUGUAUUUAUGAGAUACUGAGACAUCAUGAAGGCAUCCAAUCACCAAAACUCUGAUAAACUGAUGUUACUUUUCUUUAUAGUGAUUUUAACCAGUGGAAUUAAUGCAAACUUGCCCAAAGGCCCAUUGAAGACAAUGGAACUUUCCAUUACUGAAGAAACCGAUACUCCUUUAAUGAUAUAUAAGUUUACAUCAGAGAACGCUGAUGUGAAGUCAUUUGCAAUAAUUGGUGAAACAGACGGCGCAUUCAACAUUUUCGAUGAUUGGUUGACUGCCAAUAUGACACUGGACCGUGAAAAAAAAGCAUCUUAUGAAUUAAAGAUAGUGGGUCUAAAUAAUGCUCAAGAAACAGUUGAAGGACCUGAAGUUGUCACUAUUUUACUUCGUGAUAUAAAUGAUAAUCAACCAAUAUUCACAAAACACCAGUUUGAUGGAAUUGUACGGCAGAAUUCCAGGCCUGGCAAGCCUUUCAUGUAUGUAACUGCAACUGAUUUGGAUGACCCUAAAACGCCUAAUGCUAAAAUCUACUACAGCAUCUUACAACAAAUCCCAAACAAUAUUGAUGUAAUGUUUUUCCAGAUUGAUAAUCAAACUGGAAGAAUCUCCACAACUGAAGAAGGGUAUCAGUUAAUUGAUCCAAAAGAAGACGAAAGUUACCAGCUGAUAGUGAGUGCAAAAGAUUCAGCUCCCUUGCCGCUGAGCACAAAUACUAUGGUAAAGAUUGCUGUAAAAGAGAAUUUGUGGAAGUCACCUGGUGAAAUAGAAAUUAUGGAGAAUUCUACAGAUCCUCAUCCCAAGAUAAUCACAAGGGUGCAAUGGAAUGAACCUGGUGCAAUAUACAAACUCAAGUCAAAGGUCAAGAUUGCUUAUCCCAAGUUUCCAUUUGCAAUCGAUGCAAGUGGUAACAUUAGUGUGACAGAACCAUUAGACAGAGAGGAGAUUAGUGAGUAUACGCUUUUGGUUUAUGCGCUGGAUGAAAACGGAGAGCCACUGGAAGAUCCAUUGGAAAUUGUGAUCACCGUAAAAGAUAUCAAUGACAAUCACCCCACCUGUAACUCAGAAGUAACAUUUCUUGAAGUGCAAGAAAAUGAAAAAAUAGGAAGCUACAUCGGAACUGUGGUUGCACAUGACAUGGAUGAAGAUCGAACAGAGAAUACUCUUUUGAGCUAUACCAUCAUUAAUCAAGAACCAAAAGUUCCAGGGGAUCAAAUGUUCAGUAUUGAUGAUUUCAAAGGAGACAUCAAGCGUUUCAAAGGACAUCUGGAGAAACGCAUUGCACCCGAUUAUGUUUUAACAGUCCGAGUGAGAGACCAACCAGGAUUGUUCACUGAAUGCAUCGUCAAUAUCUCUGUUAUUGAUAUCAAUGACAUGAUCCCUAUCUUUGAGAAAUCAGAGUAUGGUCCCAUCACUUUACCUGAAGAUACUUCAUUGGGCACAGUACUGAUAGAGAUUCAGGCAACAGAUGAUGACGAACCACUCACAGGCAGCUCUGAGAUUGAGUAUCGUGUUGUAGAGGGUGAUGCCAAUGGGACGUUCAAAAUAAUAACUGAUCAAAGAACAAAUAAAGGAAUGGUGCAGCUGGCAAAGCCACUAAACUUUGAAGAGUAUUCAUCUUACAAGUUAAAAAUCAGCGCCACAAAUCCGGAACCACUUGUGGAAGGUGUGGCGUAUAACUCAAGCUCUUUCACCUUCCUGAUUGUUAAUGUGACUGAUACCGAUGAACCACCACAGUUCUUAGAAUCUUCAUAUCGAAAAUGGAUAUUAGAGAAUGCCUCCAGGGGUGAUAUCUUGCUUAAAGUGGAAGCCAAAGAUCCUGAAGGUGGUGAAGUGAGAUAUAGCCUACAAGAUCCACUUGAAUGGUUCAGGAUUGACUCUAAAACUGGAGAAAUCUUUGUUAAGGAUGAAUUGGAUGCAGAAAAGCAAAAAUAUCUUAAGAUCACGGCUGCUGCAAUGGAAAAAGAUAGACCUAAAAAGAGUUCUACGGUGGAAAUCUCCAUUUACUUUAAAGAUGUUAAUGACAACGCUCCCAAAUUAGCAAAAGAUUCCUCUCAGUUUUUCAUUUGCCUGCCAGCUGAAGAAGAGAAGAAAAUAAUAAUCCAUGCUGUAGAUGAUGAUAAAGAAAAUGGUCCUCCAUUCACGUUUUCUUUUCCUGCAGAUCCAGGCAAGAAAUGGAAAGUUGAAAACAUAAAUGGUACUCAUGCCUUGGUCACCAUGAAAUUUGGCCGACACAGUGAAGAAACAAAAUAUAAUCCUCGUGUGCUAAUCACUGAUAGUGGCUCUCCACCCCAACAAGGAACUGAUAGUAUAACAGUUACUGUCUGUAAAUGCACAGAUAAAAAUGCGUGCUUCAUUCCAGUAGAAGGUUUAUCUAAUUCAUCAAAAAUCGCACUUGCAGUUGGACUAUUGCUUGGAACCUUUGUUUUUAUAGGUUUGAUCCUUGCAGUGGUAUUUAUAAAAAUGAAACGCAAGAAAGGCGGAAAAGGUGAUAAAAUAGAUCCAAAAGCAGCAAGGACUGAGAACGAAAUAAUACCUCUGGCUAAUGCAUAAUACUAGAAGCUUGAAUAUCCCACACCCGAAGGAAAUCAUUUUUCAGGGUCAAUUUUGCAUUCUUUCAAAGAUCCUUUUACAAAUCUCUACCUUUUAAUGAGUGACGAACAUUUUGAAUGCAACUUAAUUUGGUAUUAAUUUUACUCAUAACAUUUAUUUAUAACUAGAGAAUUUUAUACAGUCCUUAAAAAUAAAAUCGAAGGAUCUGUGCUUAGAGUGUGUUCAUUACAUUCUAUUUCUCCAUUAAGAGUGCUGUAUAAUAUUUGGAAUGCUACUCAUUAAUCUCACUUCUUAGAGCCUUAAUUUGAAGCUUGUUUUGAGUGAAUGUGACCAGCGAAUUCAUUCUUAGAGUUCUCUUUGUUGGAAUUUGUUUGUUUUUUGUAAAUUACAAUUAAAAUUUGAUUUAUGCCAGUCUGCAAAUACUUCUUGCCAAAAUACCAACAUGGUCAUUUUGUUAUUUUCUUUGCCAGUUAGUAAAAUAUGGAAAGUGGUAUGACUCCAAGUGAACAUAAGAUGAACCCCCAUUCAUAUAGAACAAGCUAGUGUACCUGUUGUACAUGUCAAAGGGGCACUGACUUCAUGAAGUAUAUAUUAACAUCCAAAAUCUAUGGACCAAGCUCUUUGAUUUUUUAUGCCCUGAUAGUUUAUGCCCUGAUCCUUCAUUUAAUGUGUGAUACAAGCCAUGCACCUUCUCCAAUUUUAUUGAGGUUACAUGACAGUGAUGCCAGGAUACAGCUUUUCCAUAUCAAUCGUCAUCAUGGUGUUUCAUGUCUGCUAAGAAAAAUGCUUGAUAAAUAUGUGCUAUUAUCUCUAAUGAAUGAGUAACGCUGAGCUUGACAAGGUCAACAAAGGCAGGAAUGCAGGCACUGCGGUUAGGAAGUGCACCACUGGAUUAAGGAGUUGAAAAAGCGGCCAGGAGUUUCACUCCUGAACAUUAUCCAAUGACCUCUUGUGCAAAAACAGACGUGUGAAAAUCAGAUGAGACAUUGUUAAAGCUUGGGUCUAGUGCUCUCUGUUGUGAACAGCUGGACAGCAUUUUAUUGUUUAGGUUUUACACAAAAGUGCUUCAGGGCUAAAUAUUGGAUUGACAUAUCCAGACAAACAUCAGUGCUUUCAGGAAAAGAGGGGUAAACAGCAAAGAUAAUUAGGUGGCUGGGGAGAAGGAGAAAUAGUUACUGUAAAUACUCCACUUCAGUCGCACUCUGGUCAAGCAGACUUUGUUGUUUGUUGAAAUCAUUUCUGUUCCAAGGAUAUAUUUCUUCUCAUAUUCCUUUUGAGACUUCAUGCCAAAGAAAGUGCUAUGUAAAUAGGAUUUAUGUUUGAAUGAUGGUGUUUUUGUACCAGCUGUUUUUACGUAUUUUUCCACAAUACUAAUAUUGAACUGAAAUAUUAAUGACAGCAAAUUAAUGCUAUGAUGUUUCUGCUUCAGCAAGAGAGGAACAAAGGACAACUUUUAAAGGGAAAGGCAACUUAAUUCAAUUCCUUUGUAAUCUUUUGUGAUCACAUUUGAGAAAGCAGAAGAUUUAUCACUGAUUAUGCAUAUAUCCUUUUUGAUCUCAAAAUGUUUUCUCCUUAAUGCCUGUACAUGAUAAAUUCAAUGUAAAAAAAGGCCAGUCUGACUUUUUGUGUUGCACUGAUCAUUUUCUUUUGCAUAUCAUCUUCUGAUGGGGCUCCUUUUUACUACAACUCAGGGAUGACUGGUACUAUUGAUAAUUAACAGUUCAUGCUCAAGGAUCUGGUGAAUGGAAUGACUAGUUUGUUAAAAAUUACUGAAUUGUUUUAUAACAUGCUGUAAAAGCAUUCUCGAACGUUUCAAAAAUACUAAGAAACCUUUGUGAGGAGAAUGAGCAGAGUAAGGCCUCAAUCAUCUGAUUACUAAAUUAGCAUCUUUACUUUCCUGUCAUUAUGAAAAUGUCAUGAUAAAGGCUUUUAAAGAUACAUUCUACCUCUGAAAGCUGGUGCAAUUACUGUUCAAUGUCAGCAUGAAACCUUCUUAUGUGGCAUAUUCUACUACUUGUGAGAGAAAAUGUUCUGCAAGAUAUAUAUUUGAAAUAUUUUGAACUUGACAUUUUCUAAAUUGUGAUUUACACUUGAAGAUUAGGGGGCCAAGAUAUUGCAGUAUUGCACUGAAAGACAUUGAAGCAUAGUUCAGUAUGUUUAUUACAUUCAAGUAAAGGUCUGAUUACAGUAUAAUGUAUUCGCUUUUCUGAUGUGGUGAUGGAAAAUCAGAGUAGAAUAUUAUAUAACUGCUUUUCACCCAGCAUCACAUUUAGCUUUUUAAUUGAAUUGAAAUAUUUUCUCAAUGUCCAACAUCAAAUAACUACAAAACCUUUGCUGUCUUUUUUUCUUGUAAGGUCAAAUCUAUGUAAUUGUACCUUUGCUUCGCUGUUGGUUCAGUUGGUGAUGUGGCAGUAAACGACACAAACCAGAAAGGUUUUAUUUUGAACCCAUAUUAUGUGCUGUUAUUGGAUUUUAGUCAAGAUGAGGAUCAGUCCUCAGUAAUGGCCUGAGCAUCAAUGCUCUUGGGAGGGUGGAAACUGGUCAUGAUUUCUAUACCCAGUGAAUAUAGAUUUCUAGAUUCAGAUUAACUAAAUCAGCACACACAAAGUUGGGACUUUCAGGGUUGGUGUAUCUCAAUUCCAUACUGAUCGCUGAAUCAUAGGAAGAACACAGAUGAAAGACUUAGAGGCUGAAUUGUAAAUAUAGCACUUUGCUAUCAGGUUUGCCACUAUAUAGAAAUCAGGUACUGCAAUGAGUUAGCAAAUUAUCCUUUUAGCUGUGGUAUUUGGUUUCAAAUUAAUGGGAUUAACAUUUCCUCUUUCUGCCAGCUUUAUGGAUUUUGUUUAAAAUAAGCAUGGAUGGUUUUAGCUCUUAAUGCAAUACAAAUUGGGAAACCCUGGAAAGAAUGGCCACAGGGAUAGCCAAAGUGAAUAAAAUCAAGCUGCUGUAAUAAAUAUAUUAUUGGCCAGAGUAUGUAAGUGUUGCUCUGUGUCAAACUUGCUAUCCAUGAGACUUGAAAGGUGUUCUAUAUAGGCACUGGAUGCCAAAUUAGGAGCAGUCACAAGAUUAGAAGCAUAUUCACAAGUGGGACUGAGCUGUUUUACAAUCUAGUUUUAUUGUACUGCCACUGUCAUGUUUUUGUACAACUAUAUUGAUCAUAUGAUUCCAAUCUGUAAUGUAUUUAUACAUGGUCUAUCCUCAGUACUAGGGAUGGUGAAAACUGCAAAGAGCUGAAAAGCUACUAAGCUGCACUGUUGUAACAUUUUUUUUACGAUCUGGGUAUUAAAAAAUAAAUUUAAAAAUGAGAAAAA